AUGGACGCAGUGCGAGACGAAAAUUUGGAAGUCAUGGUCAAUCUUAUCAAUAAACCAGACAAAUCCCUCGAGGAAAUCGAAAAAAUUGAUUUAUUUCUUCAUCAUCUAAAACCUUUCCAACGACUGAUUGAGCAUCUUCCACCUAACAUCCGACAACAAGUAAUUGGCUGCUUGCAAGCUAAAGAAUACCAUGAAGGAGAAAGGCUAUUUACUAAAGGAGACCCUAGUAACUGUCUUUAUGUCGUCAUGCGUGGGACUUUGCAAAUGUACAACCAUGCCACAAAAGAAAAAAUUGACAUGAUUCCAGAAAAUGUCCUAGGAAAAGGAAAAGUUUUAGGCGAAAGAGGCAUAUUAAGAAAUGGUCCACGCAGUUUAACAGCCGUUGCAAGAGAGCGCUCUUAUGUCCUUAUAUUGGAUGCAAAAUACUUUAAACUUUAUUUGAGCAAUGAAAUGUACAUAACACUCGAGACAAAGAAAAAAAUUGUCGAUAAAUUCAUUCCUGGGCUUUCACAAUAUCCAGGAACACAAAAGGAAAGGCUGGCUUAUAUGCUUGAAAUAGAAGACUUUGAUAGAGGAGCGAUUUUAGCUAAACAAGGAGUUUCGACUGAUAAAAUGUUAGUUAUAUUGGAAGGCGAAUGCAUUAUGACAUAUAAAGAAGGACUUAUUAAAAGAAUUGUGGCAAGGCUAGAAAAAGGGGCGAUUAUUGGAGAAGAAACGGCGCUGUUUGAUAGACCUUCAAGCUUUACUGUGACUGUAACUUCAAACUCACUAAUGGCAGGGAAGAUAAAAAAUGCAGACCUUCAGACUCUUUAUCCAAAUAAAGUUAUCUCGAUGAUGAGAAAUUAUUAUUCGGAAAGAAAUUUGACAAGGAAAAAAUUAGUUGACUUCACACAUCCAUGUCUUACCUCGUAUGAACCAGUUUUAAGUCCUAGAAACUUCCCUUUAGCAAGUCCUAAAGCCAAAGAGCAUAUGACAAUUAUCAUGCAAAGAAACCCUAGCUUUUAUAAGGAAAGCCUAAGUGAAAAACUGAUUAAUUUUUCAUAUAAAGGAAGGUUGGAAAAACUUAGAGACACAGCAAAUAAAAGAAUAAACAAAUAUUUGUCAGAUGAUUAA